AUGUCUGACACGACCAUAAAUAAUCAAAUAUAUUCAGCGACAUAUUCAAAUGUACCAGUAUUUGAAUUUGUAACAUCAGAAGGUCCAUUAAUGCGACGUAAACUAGAUUCAUGGAUUAAUGCAACUCAUAUAUUAAAAAUUGCUAAAUUACCAAAAGCAAAAAGAACAAGAAUAUUAGAAAAGGAUGUUCAAACAAGUACUCAUGAAAAAGUUCAAGGUGGUUAUGGGAAAUAUCAAGGUACAUAUGUGCCUUUAAGCAUUGGAGAAACAAUUGCGAAAAAUUUUGAUGUUUAUGAUAUGUUAAAACCCAUAUUUGAAUUUCAAUAUAUUGAAGGUAAAACUGAAACUCCACCACCUGCUCCAAAACAUAAUCAUGCAAGUGCAAUAAAUGUGGCCAAGAGACAAGCAUCAUUGAAUAAAAAGUUGGAAUUAAAACAAAACAAACUACCAAAACAGACCAAAAAAAUCACUUUAUCCUCAUCAGAUGAACCACCAAGGAAAAGAGGAAGACCAAAAGGAUCAGCUUUAAGUUCAACUCCAAGUCUACAACAUUCAGACACAAUACCAAUAGGGAAUAACUUAAUGUAUAAUUCAAAUGGUGUACCCAGAUUAAAUAGACAAGAUACUGAACAAGAUAAUUUGCAUAAUAUGAUGGCUUCUAAUAUGAAUCUUAGACAAGAAGAUUUAGAUUCAGUUGGAACUGAUGAAGAUGAUGAAUAUGAUAAUAGAAAUGGUCAUAAAGGAGCAUCUUUGAAAAGGCACAAAUUGAAUGGAAGGCAGAAAUCACUAACAAAUGGUGUUGAAUAUGAAACUCAAAAUGAAUUAUUAACAAGUAAAGAAUUAUUUGGAGUUUCAAGAAAUAUUUAUGAAAAAAAUGCAGCUACUGCUACUUUGCCUAACCAAACGCAACAAACUGAUCUUUUACAACCAUAUCAUCAACCAAGUAUAAAUCUAACGCAAGAAAAUCAAAUUUAUAAUGAAUAUUUUGGGAAUUUAUUAACAUAUUUUCUCGAAGAUGAUGGGAAAAAUAAAUCAACCUUAAUAACCACCAACGCAAUACCAGAAAAAUUGUUAAAUCCACCACAGCCAAUAUCGAAAAUCCAUAUAAAUCAACCAAUUGAUCAAGAUGGCAAUACUAUUUUCCAUUGGGCUUGUUCAAUGGGUAAUUUGAAUUUUAUAAAUUUUCUUUAUGACAAAUUUCAGAGUGAAAUAGUUAAUGAUAUAAGAAAUAAUUUGGGAGAAACGCCAUUAAUGUUUUUAGUCAAAUUUAAUAAUUGUUUCCAAUUGAAUAAUUUUAGUAUCAUAUUAGGAAAUUUAUUUGAUACUUUGCAUAAAGUUGAUUCAAAUGGGAAAAAUGUAUUACAUCAUAUAGUUGAAAAUAAAAAAGAAAAAAUAUCAGCAUAUUAUUUAGAUAUUUUACUACAACAGUUUAUAGGCGAUACAGUUGAAAAAGAAAGUCUAAAUAAUAGUGAUGUUGUCUUAGAUGAAGAAAAAAUGAAUUUAAUUGCAAAUUUUAUAAAUCAUCAAGAUUCUGAUGGUAAUACCGCAUUUCAUAUUGCUGCCUAUCAUUUAUUAAAAAGACUAAUAAAAAUAUUCAUAAAUUAUCAUCAGUUUAUAAAUUUUGGUUUAAAAAACUUGGUUAAUGCUACAAUAGAACAUUAUUUAGCAUCAUAUAACUUUGUGUUAAGAUUAGAUCAACCAGCAGAUGAUGAAGAACCAAAUGAUAAUUUAAAUGAACAUGAAAUGGCUAUACAUAACGAUGAUAAAAAUAAUUUCAUUAGUAAUAGAAAUGAUAUAAUUGAAGAUGAUUCUUUCAAUACAUCAUCAUUUGAAAUUCAACUACAUAAUUCAAAGUUAGCAAUAAAUUUAUAUAAUAACACAGCAAAUUUAUUAACUGAAAAAAUGACUCAAUUAUCAUACGUUAUAAAUCAAGAAUUGAAUGAAAAAGAUGAAAUUGUAUUAAAUUUUUUCAAAACUUUAAAAGUUAUAAAUCAAAUCAAACUGGAAACACAACGUACAAUAUUAUCUUUUUUCAAAUUAGAAAGUCUAAUUGAUGAUUUAGAUGAUAAUACCACCAAUCAAAUUCAAAAGCAACCAUCAUUUAAAAAAUUUGCCGCAGAUUCACAAUCACAAACAAGUACACAUCAAAUAUCAAGUCAAGAAUCAAACUUAAACAAUGGUCAUGAUAUAAAUUAUGAAACUUUGACUUUGAACCUAAAAAAAGAUCAUAUAAUUCAAGAAGAAAUUUAUAGAUUAAUUAAUGAUUUAACUUAUCAAAUACUACAUCAAGAAGAAAAAAUUAAAGUAAUGUUACAAAAAUUCGAUAAUUUUAGAGAAUACCAAUUAUCAAAAGAAUUAAAUACUAGAAUUGUUAAAGAAGAAAAUGUCAACCAACAAAUAAAACAAGAAAUCGACUCACUCAAUGAUAACGAUCAACUUCAACUAUCAAUAGAACUACAAAAUCAAAUUAUUAAAAAGAAAACCUUAAUCAAACAAAUUUACAAUAAAAAUCUAGAAUCAAUAAAUGAAAAUCAAUCAAUUUCAUUACCAACUACUUCAUCAUCAGAUACAAGAUCAAUUAUAUCAAAUUAUUCACAGAAUGAUCCAACUAAUAAAAUAUUAAAAUAUUGUAAAUUAAUUUCAUUAAGUUGUGGUAUGAAAAUUGAUGAAAUUGAAAAUAAUAUCGAUUUAAUUGAACAAAGUUUGAUAAUGAAAAAAUAA